AUGGCUUGGGGAAUAUUCGAACACAUCAUCGUCAUCUUCACCGUCAUCACCGGCGUCAUCACCGGCGUCAUUUCCGUGGUGGACGUUGCUUUUAGGCUGUGGAAGUGGUGGAACGGGCCAGUACCUUGCCCGACCUGCGAGGGUCGGCGCGUGGUCGACCUCGAACGACAACUUGCCCGCCUGCAAGAAGAACGCCGACUAUCUCUUGGAGGUGAGUGGACCCGCAAUACAAUUCUUGUUAACAUCGAGCGGGGGAAUCAAGCUACCGAGGGGGACGGUAUCGAGCUUGAGGACCUGUGA